AUGGAAAUCAUGAAAAUAUUAAUAUCAAAUGGUGUGAUCAAUGUAUGCACUGCCAACCUAAUUAGUGAGAAAGACUGGGAAGAUUUGAUACAUAAUAUGGGAGCCAGGGCUCACGUUAAAUAUUAUGUUCGACAACAUGAAGAAAUGUUGACACUUACAGAUAAAGAGAGAUUGUUGAUUCAAUCGAUAUUUGGCAAUGUCUAUCUCUUUCAAAGGAUAUUGAUCGAACGUGACAAGAUACGUAGUACUGGAGCAUUCAUUGAAAGCGUUGCGAAACCACUGCAUCGUCUCAUCAUCGAGGGUGAUCGAGAACUGCUGCGCUACUCUAUUCACAAGUACAAUCAUGCGGCGUUAUUCUCCGGUCAUAUCAUGACACCAACAGAUGAAGGACCGUUGCAGCCAGUUGACACUGCCAUCAAUAUUGAUGAUCUGCCACUUGCCAAGUACUUGCAUGAAAUCCUUCCUUCUUUUGGUAGACAAACUGAACAAUCUCUCAUACUAGCCUCUGCACGCAAGGACAGAGCACUGUCACAAGACAUGUUGGCUUUUCUCAUUGACGUGAGACAUCAGAAAUGGGGUGCUACAACCAUCGAGUUUGUUGUCGAGAACCACUACAAUGACUCGCUUGCCUAUCUAUUGACACGAGCUGAUACAUCAACUUUGGGACCGACACCGUGGACGUUUGAAGACACCCUCUCCAGUCCUCUCUCGAUUGCCAUUGAAAAUGAAAACAUAGAGGCUAUCCCAAUACUAUUGCAGAAUUGCAAGCUCACUCCAAUGGCUGGGUAUCCCGGCCAAGUGGUUGGAUCGCAACUCGUACAGUACCGAGCGUUUCAGCUUGCCAUUCGAUCAAAGAGAAUUGAUGUGGUGGAGAUGGUCGUGCAAGCCGGUCUAUUCUCACCUCAACAUGACACAUACCACGACACAUUGUACUCAGCCAUUCUGUCGGACUCUAUAGACAUGAUACGAUAUGUAGAGGAUCGACUACACCCAACUCUAUUUGAAAAUGACACGUGUCUACAGAAAGCGUUAAGGAGUCUGCCGAUUGUGGUGAGUGACGAGGUUUUAGAGUAUCUAGCUACAUCCACCAAAUGUCCCUUUAAAUUCAAUGAAAUGGAUCUGAAUCCUUACAUUAUCAAGGGUAGAGAAGAUGCAAUCAAACUAUUACUAAACAACAAGAUGGCAGAGCCAUCAUAUCCCCAACCUGUCUGA